AUGCCCGUUUUCGAGAGUGCUCUGCCGCGAGAGGAUGGGAAGUACAAUCGGCCAUGGCCAGCGAUUCGUCCAUGCACCUCUGCCGAUCCUUGGGCUGGUAACCCGUUGCCACACUUAUUUUUACACAGUGCAUUCUGUACUCUUACAUGCUUUGUACUUACACCAUCAUGGCCUUUUGCAGAUGGCUUUCUCCGUCACUGGGACCGGAUGAUGGUUCCAUCAGCCCCACGAUUGGGCGACAUGGCCCAAGCUCUGCAACGGCCAGCGAAGCGAGCGGUGCCACUUGCCAUGGGCAGUCGUCGAGUCCCCCGCCUGCUCUGGGUUGUCGUCAUGGACUGUCUUGUGCGCCUCCUCGGCCACGCACAAGCACUGUGA